GGGGUGCUGGGCCUGGGAAAAAAAAAGGAAAAAAAGAUGGAAUAUUCAGGGAAAGAAAUGAAAGUGAGAGUGAGGAAGCAAGAGGUGGUGGCAGCAGUGCUUCCAAUACAGGAACAUUGGCUGCCAAUGUCAAAUCUGGACUUGCUUCUGCCUCCGUUGGAUGUGGGGAUUUUCAUGUGUUACAAGAAACCAGCGGAUAAUGGUUGUACAUCAGCAGCAGCUGCAAUGAAUAUGAUUGGGAUGUUAAAAAAGGCAUUGGUCCAGGCUCUUGUAUCCUUCUACGCCUUGGCUGGGGAGGUGGUCACCAACUCAACCGGUGAGCCCGAGCUUCUUUGCAACAAUCGGGGUGUUGACUUUGUGGAAGCUUAUGCCGACAUCCAGCUGGAGCAGCUCAACCUCUAUGACGCUGACACCACCAUCCAAGGCAAAUUUAUUCCAAACAAGAAGCAGGCCGGAGUGAUGGCUGUUCAGGUGACGGAGUUCCAAUGCGGGGGAUUGGUAGUGGCAUGCACGUGGGACCAUAGAGUAGCGGACGCCUACUCGGCCAACAUGUUCAUGGUGUCAUGGGGUGAGAUUGCUGCUGCUGCUGCUGCUGCUCAUGAUGACAAAGUGUCACUACUCUCUGGCCUGCAGCCAUGCUUCCGAAGGUCGUUGCUGAAUCCUCGGCGUCCCGCUAUCAUCGACCCCUCCAUCGACCGCUUCUUCAUCCCAUUAAACAUGUUACCCCCACCAUCUCCCCAACCCCCAACAGCUGAUCGUCUCGUAAGCCGCAUAUACAGCGUUUCCGCGCAUGAAGUGAAGCGCCUCCAGUCCGAGGCCAGCACCAACAGCUGCAUGAGGAGCAAACUGGUGUCCUUCAGUGCCUUCUUGUGGAAAACCAUUGCCAAAUCUGCAAUCACCGGCAAGCAGUGCAAGCUAGGCAUUGCUGUUGAUGGAAGGACCAGGCUCACGCUUUCUUCUAGUGCUUCCAGUGCCCCAAUUCCAAAUCCAAGUCCAAAUCCAAUGCCUUCUUACUUUGGAAACGUCCUGUCCGUUCCCUACGGAAGCAAACCCGCAGAUGAGCUGAUAGCCCAGCCCUUGUGUUGGGUUGCAGACGCCGUUCAUGAAUUCUUGGAUAUCGCAACCACCGAGGAGCAUUUCUUGGGGUUGAUAGACUGGGCUGAGGCCCAUAGGCCUGUCACAAGCAUGGCCAAGAUUUACAGCAAAGGGAUAGAAGAUGGGCCGGCCUUUGUGGUGUCUUCCGGAGUGUCGUUUCCGUUAUCGCAUGUGGAUUUCGGAUGGGGAAAGCCUGCGUUCUGGUCCUACACUUUCCACUGGGAAGGAGAUACAGGCUAUGUCAUGCCCAUGCAUAGCCCAAAAGGCAAUGGUGAUUGGGUGGUUUAUAUGCGGCUCUUGAAGGGGCAGUUGGACUUCCUUGAGAAACAGGCUUCUCAUGUCCUCAGGCCCUUUACCUUUGAUUUCCUUCGUUAACAACAGCAUAACCAAAUCCCACCUUCCAAAUUAUUUUCCUCUCUCUCUCUCUCUCUCUCUCUCUCUCUCUCUCUCUCUCUCUCUCUCUCUCUCUCUCGCUCUCUCUCUAUUUAUACAUAUGAUUAUUAUUUUGUGUCCCCCACUCCCAUGUGCUAUUAUUGCCAUCAACGAACCAUCUGUGUUUUCAAGUCUUUAAGUUAAUUUUUAUUUUUAAUUUUAUAUACUACAAGUAGCAAUAUAUUGCUAUAUAUACUGCUACAUUUAUUGUGUUCCAGCUGCCUUCAGCUAUACCCUUGGAUAUAAUUAUUGUUUUAAAUAAACAUCACUAUUUGCUAUACCAAAA